AUGCGUUUGCUUCCAACCUUUGUCCGCAGUUUCUACGCUUUCUCCAACGCCACCUUUCGAGUAGCACCUCCACCUCUUAGACCAGCUCUUGGACCUACCGCAAAACUGGGUCUUCCUAGCAUUCCUUUCCUCGGAGCUUUCUUUGGAACUUCUUCGUCUUCGAACAAUAUGACCUACCCAUUGCAGAAGGGCAAGNNGGAGGAGUGGCAGGCUCAGCUUAGUCCUGGUACGUUGGUUACGGAUCAAAGGCGACGAUACGACAUCUUGCUAACCAGUCACCAACANGAGCAGUUCCGCAUUCUCCGCGAAAAGGGCACCGAGUCUCCCUACAGCAGUGAUUUUGACAAGCACAUGCCUUCCGAGGGUGUGUACACCUGCGCCGGCUGUGAAGCUCCUCUUUACAAGGCCAAUCACAAGUUCAAGUCUGGCUGUGGCUGGCCUGCCUUCUUCGAUGCCGUGCCUGGUGCUGUGACCAGACACACCGACAGCACCUUUGGCAUGCAGCGUACUGAGAUUGUCUGCUCCAACUGUGGUGGUCACCUUGGUCACGUCUUCAAGGGAGAGGGAUACCCUACUCCUACUGACGAGCGUCAUUGUGUGAACGGAGUCUCGCUCUCCUUCAACAAGAACGACCCAGUCAAAGACUCAAAGGCCUGA